AUGGGGGACAGCUGUUGUCCCGGAACCACCAUGGCCAUUCCAGCCGUGCCCACUUUCGUGUGCUCAAAUGGUGGUGGCUUCCGAAAUGCUAUUUGCUUGCCUAGUUCCUGCCGGAGCAGAACGUGGCAACUGGUCACAUGCCAAGAAAAUUGUCAGCCAUCCAGCAGUACCCCAAGUGUCUGUGAACCUGCUUCUUGCCAACCUACCUGCCUUCCAGCAACUUCUUGCGUUGGUUUUGUCUGCCAACCCAUUUGCUCCUGCACAGCUGGCUAUGAAUCUGGAACUGGUCAGCCUCCUUGCCUGGUUAGCUCAUGCCAACACUCCUGCACGGAAUCUACGGAAUCUACCAGUUGUCAGGCAAAUUGCUGUGAAGCCAGCCUCGACCAGCAAAGCUCCUGCCAAGAACCUGUCUUUGUGUCCAGAUCAUGUCAGUCAGCUAGUGGCCAAUCGGUCUGCUGUGACACUGUGUCCGGCCAUCCAUCCUGCUCUGAGGUAACUUCCUGUAUUGAAAAUUCUUGCCCACCAACCAUCUGUGCAGCUAGUCCAUGCCAGCCAACUUGCUGCCAGGCAGGUUCUUGUCAACCCAUUAAUGGUGAAGAUCAGCUCUGCAAAUCAACUUAUUACCAACCCAUCUGCUACUUUUUCAAGACUUGCCAGUUGGUUCCCUGCAUGCCUGUUCCCUGCCAGCCAUCAACUUGUGUGUUAAGUUCUUGCAAUCCUACAUGCUGUGUGUCCUCACCUUGCCAGCCACUUCACUGCCAACCAAUGUCUUCUAUAUCCUUCAUCUGCCAGCCAGUGGCUAACUGCCAGCUCCCAUGUUCUGUAAACAACCCUUGCAAAAGAGUUUCCUGUGGCACUGUGCUUUCUGGCCAACCAACUUGUGAUGGAUCCACUUCUUGCAACCAAGGUGGCUGCAAAUCUCCUUCCUGCCAACCAGCUUGCUGUGUGACAGGUUUAGGCAAAUCAUCCAGCAGUGGCUGCAAUUGCUUUCGGCCAACUGCCCCAAGUCUCUGCAAAACCAAAACCUGCUCGCCAACUUCCUGA